UGAAAUGUUGAGCGGUGCCGCGACCAAACGUCAAACGAAGACUUCUUUUGAUAGGUGAAAUGAGAUGUCGAUCAGCAUCAAACUUCCAAUGCUAUCAAAUAAAAAUUCGGGGUGGCACCUGGUGUGGCCAAUCAGAUGUCAGGGACACCCCUCUGGCUCCGCCACUGCUCUGCUUGCCUGCUGCGUCACGUGGUUAUAUUACGCUCUUGCGUGCGUUCAAAAACAUUUACAUAACAAAAACAAGUUAUUUCGAGUCAUUUAACUCAAGUCACAAGAGAAAUGGAUAACAGAACAUCAAGAAGGGACUCCUAUACACUCCAAGCAGACCCACCAAAAAGCACUUUGUUUAGUAAAGAGCCAAGUGGUAUAAUUUACAGAAUCCCAGCUUUAAUCUACAUUAACGAAGCACAAACAUUUCUUGCUUUUGCUGAGAAAAGAACAUCAGCAGAUGAUACCGACGCCACUCUCCUGGUCAUGAGGAGGGGUGCACAGCAGAAUGGGUCUAUUCAGUGGUCACCUGUUCAGGAGCUUGACGCUGCUUGUUUGCCUGGACAUCGCACUAUGAACCCGUGUCCGGUCUAUGAGAAAGAGUCUAAGACUCUCUUUCUGUUCUUUAUCUGUGUGUUGGGUAAGACCACUGAACAUCACCAGAUUCGCACUGGUAAGAACAAGGCUCGGUUGUGUUACAGCACAAGCAAGGACAGUGGGCAGAAUUGGAGCAGCACAGUAGACUUGACAGAAAGCGUAAUUGGACAUGAGAUUAGAAAUUGGGCCACGUUUGCUGUUGGACCUGGUCACGGCAUUCAGAUGAAGAAUGGUAGACUCAUCAUUCCUGCUUAUGUCUAUUAUAUUCAUCGACGACUCUUCCCCUUUAAUAUUCCAUUAAGUGUAAAAUCCCAUGCUUUCGCUUUCUAUAGCGAUGAUUGUGGGACCACAUGGUAUUUUGGAGAAAGAGUAUGUACUGAGUCUUGUGAAUGUGAGAUGGCAGAGAUUGUAGAACAGAAUUCCAGAAGCAAGCUAUACUGUAACGCACGCAGCACUAAAGGUCAACGAGUCGAGGCUUUGAGCGACAGCAGUGGAGCAGCAUUUGAUAAACCUCAUUUUGCACUGAAGUUAGUAGAACCCUGUCAUGGCUGCCAGGGUAGUGUGGUGAGUUUUGAUGCACCUGAAGAACAAGAGAACGGUUUAACACCAAAUACAAAGACUUGGCUCCUUUAUUCCCAUCCGACUGCCAGAAUGCAGAGAAAGGAUCUUGGGGUAUAUUUGAAUAAGUCUCCUCUUAGUGCCUCUGGUUGGAGCAAACCAUGGAUCAUCCAUCACGGUGGAUGCGGGUACUCAGAUCUCACUCUGUGUGAGAAGCCCAAGUUCUUUGCUUGCUUAAUGGAAUGUGGGAAGAAGAGUGAAGAAAUAGCCUUUGUGGAGUUUUCCCUCAGUGAUAUCAUGAACAAUCACUAGCUGAUGUAUACAGGGCUAAGAUGCAGCUGUACAGAUAUAUAGAUGUAGCUGUAUCAGCAUCACAGCAACGUAAAUACACUCUGGCGAUGUCCAAUAUCCACAUUAACACAGAAGAGACUAACUUUUGUGUUUAUAUUGUAGUCCUAGCUAAUCAAUUGAAAAAAAAAAACCCAAAACAAACUCCUAGACAUAAUUAGUAUUUCAGAUAUAGUUACUGAAAUGUAAGAUCUGCAUGUGAAUGUAGCCAUUGAUGGGAGAAAAGCACGUUCAUGGCAUAUUAAGCAAAUAAUAAGACGUUCAUGGCAUAUUAAGCAAAAACAUUUUUUUACUGUUAUUUAUCAGUGCCAGUGAUAUAUCAAAUCCAUAUUUCUUUAAUCAUAAAAAAACUUCACAGAAAUACUGUAAACAAGUUUCAACUAUAACUUGAAAAAUCUCUUUUCUUUAAAUAAUAAAAGGGAUCAAAUUCUCUUUUGUCAUUUUAUUAAACUCUCAUUAUCCACCCAGUCCC